AUGGCAGACACCGAAGUAACCCGUCUGUCUACAUUUCUCCGACAUAUCGAGGAUAUGCGCAACCUCUCCGUCUGCAAGAUCUGCAUGAGAUCCUUGUACGAGCCGUUCAUCCUCUCGUGUGGUCACACAUACUGCUACACGUGUCUUGCUAGCUGGUUUGUUGGAGCCCACGGGAGGAGGACCAAGAAAAAUUGUCCAGACUGCAGAGCCAAAGUCAGCGCACAGCCAUCUCCCAAUUAUGUCCUCCGAGAUUUGGUCCACAUAUUCAUUGGUCGAGCCGAGCUGCUGCCCGAAGAUGAGACUGUCCAAGAACACCAGCAGGCCAAAGAGGCAGAGGCGGCUCAGCUGGCAGCAGAUCGCGCCGGACCCGGUCUCUUCAAAGGCGUUUUCCUGGGCGAACCACGUCGGCAGAUGCGCUGGGGUCUAGGAAUCCCCGAUCCGGAGGACAAUGUCGUGCGUUGCCCUCGAUGUCACUGGGAACUUGAAGAGGGGGAAUGCCUGCGCUGUGGUUUUCAUGAAAUUUAUGAAUCAGGUAGUGGCCUCGAGUCCGAUUACGACUCUGAAAGCAUGCACGUGGCCAGCUCGUCCGAGUUCGAUGCGGAGGAUGAUAUUGAUCACGAGUUCGACGGGCCCAUGCACGAAGAUGUGUUCGACUAUUACAAUAGCGGAAUGUCCCCUAUAACAGACGCGACAGACGAGGAUGAGGAAUAUGGCGAGGACGAUGACAUGGAUGGGUUUAUCGAUACUGAGGCAGACGAGGACGAGGACGAGGACGAUACCAACAGUGAGUCCACAAUGACCGCGUACAACCGGCGUUGGGCACAGAGCGAAGGCUACGACAAUGAGUCGGAAGCUCGAAGCCAAGUGUCCGCAGACAGUACCGAUCCCGUUGAUAGAUAUGUCGGCUACGACCACAGUUCGCGAAAUAACGCCUGGGAGGCAUCCGACGCGGAGACCAACUACGAUGAAAUAACGGAGGCCUCUGAUUACGAGCAUGCCCUCCCACCACCGCCUCGGCGAAGGUCAAGAGGGGCGCGGUUUAUCGUGAGUGACGAUGACGACGAUGAGGAAGAAGAAGACAAGGAAACCGAGGAUCAAGACGAAGAUGAGGUUGAUGAAGGUGAAGAUAUAUCAGAGCACUCGGAAACUGAAAACACUCAGGAUCCCUCCGAAUCGGAAGAUUCAGAUGUACGUCCGCCCCAGCCAUCGGUUCGACGGAGACUGCAUUUGCAAAGUCAGCGGGCUCGAAGGAACCAUCAUAACCACCAACCCUAUGGUGAGGGAAGCCAGAGACGAGACAGCUCUGCCAGGCGACAGCACCACCACCACCAGCAGAGAAGCCACAACCCUCAGAACGUCAGUUCAAGACGACGGAGUGGCUAUCACCAAUCUUACAAUAGACCAGGAUAUGGUCGGCGAGUAGAGCUCGUAGGGUCGUGA